AUGAAACACAUGUCUCCGCCUUCUCUUUACUCAGGGCCAAGUUGCCAAGGCGAAGGAAACCAUGCUAACGGCAAACUAAUGGGCUAUGAACUGCUGAGUAGAUAUACUCAGGCAAAUCGAUAUGCGCGAAAGCAGCCUCCUCAGGUUGGGACAGACUCCGGUAGAGCGCCCAGAACGGGGAGACCACGAAUUCACUUCCACUCCGGAGUGGUACAGACUCUGUUCUGGCCCGAUCCGGGGUUAUCGCUCCUAGACGACUUUCAUUUGCGCUUGGACAACUACCGAAGAGGACACAGCCAGUGGUGGUGUUUUGCUUGUGAGGUGAAUUGGAGUCGGUCCGAGGUGGGCUACAGGCUGGUGGCACAUCGCGAAUAUCAACACGACUCGUGGGCCGAAGGAGACUUGGUCUUCUCCGGCAGAAGACGCCACCGAUGCCCACGGGAGCACAAGGACGCCGAGAGUCUAAACGUUCUGCAAAGCUUACUUUUGGUAGAAGUGGUUAUCACGACUAUCGAUCAAUCUCUAAACAAGUAA